AUGGACAACAACAUGGAAAUUGAUCCGGCGCGGUCACCGGAGCCUCAUCACCUUUCGCCCACAACCGACCCUGGGUCCAUACCUACGCUCGAUGGGUGGAUCGAAAACCUGAUGGCUUGCAAGCAACUAGCGGAAGAUGAUGUUCGGAGACUUUGUGAUCGAGCUAGAGAAGUGCUGCAGGAGGAGUCGAAUGUGCAGCCAGUCAAAUGCCCCGUGACUGUCUGUGGUGAUAUACAUGGUCAAUUCCACGAUUUAAUGGAGCUGUUCCGCAUUGGAGGUCCUAAUCCUGACACAAACUACCUCUUCAUGGGUGACUAUGUCGACCGUGGUUACUACUCUGUAGAGACCGUCACCCUUCUUGUCUGCCUCAAGAUCCGUUACCCCCAGCGAAUCACCAUUCUCCGAGGAAACCACGAGUCCCGCCAGAUCACACAAGUGUAUGGAUUUUAUGACGAGUGCUUGCGCAAAUACGGCAAUGCUAAUGUCUGGAAAUACUUCACCGACCUCUUCGACUACCUUCCUCUCACCGCUCUCAUCGAGAACCAGAUCUUCUGCCUGCACGGCGGUCUGAGUCCCUCCAUCGAUACUCUUGACAACAUUCGUUCUCUGGAUCGGAUCCAGGAAGUUCCUCAUGAGGGACCCAUGUGUGAUCUGCUCUGGAGUGACCCCGACGACCGAUGCGGCUGGGGUAUUUCUCCCCGUGGUGCUGGUUACACCUUUGGGCAAGAUAUCUCGGAAGCAUUCAAUCACAACAACGGCUUGACUCUUGUUGCACGAGCACAUCAAUUGGUUAUGGAGGGAUACAAUUGGUCGCAGGAUAGAAAUGUGGUCACCAUUUUCUCGGCCCCCAACUAUUGUUACCGCUGCGGUAACCAAGCCGCGAUCAUGGAAAUUGACGAGCAUCUGAAAUAUACAUUCUUACAAUUUGAUCCUUGCCCACGCGCGGGAGAACCAAUGGUCUCGAGACGUACACCUGAUUAUUUCCUGUGA